AAUGCUUGUUUGAACGGUGAAUUUGUUAAAUUUGGAAGAAACUGUGACAGGAAAAGAACAGCAAAAGAGUGCCUCAAAAUUAGUGAAACAAAGAAUUUGAAGAGUUAACGGUGACGGUGAAAUAAAAAAAAACAUCUAAAAAGGAAUAAAGAAAGAUCAGCUAUCUAAAGGAAUAAUAAGUUGCUGACUGUUGCAGAAAGUCCCUUCUCACUGUGAACCGAUGUUUGGAUUACAAUUUAUGACAAUUUAAAGAUUUACUGAGUCAACCUUUGUGCAUGAUCGUGGCUUGCAGCAGCUUUGUGAACCGUGAAGAAACCUGCAAUAAAUUCGGAAGAGAUCGAUCGAGCCCCCGCCGAACGUCCGUUCGGGGCAGCCUUAUAAUGUGAAAGUGAUUUUUUCCUUCAGUUUUUUUGGUUGCUUUGAAGAAAUAUGGGAAGUGUCGGUUAGGAUGAAGAAGGAGUUUGGUGUGAAAUAAAUAAAAGUGCAAUUACAAAAAAAAAAUCUUUGAAACGAGUGUGAGUGUGUGUACGUGUGCGUUGGUGAAGACGCGCAGGUCCUGAUGGUGGUUUUCAACUAUGACACAACUGGAGGAAUCGAGAAAGGAGCCUCAGCAGCCGCCGCCGUCUCAGCCACAUCUGCAAGUGCCGAAUCCGGCGGUGGAAGUCGGAGGCGGUCGGACGUACGUGUUCCCGGGGCCGAGUGCUGCGGUUGGUGGCCCCGGCGGUAGUGGGAUACCGGCGACGGCAGUGGCUCCGACCGGUCGGGCACUGUUCGAGCAUCCGCGGAGUGGUGGCCACUCGCGGUCGAUUAGCCAUGGCGAGGGAUCGUUCGGGAUGCUGGGGGCGGCUGGCCGCCCAUCGGCACUCAAAUCCGCCGUCAAGGGUGGCCACCAGCGGGCGUUGUCUCAGGGACAAAUCACCGAUGCACCGGUGCCGCGGUCCGGUCACAGUCGGGUGGGGUCCAAGACGGAUUUCAUUCUCCCGCCCGGCCACAAGGAACAGCAGGAACCACGCGAAACGGGAACCGCCUCGACGGCCGGCAAAGGCCACUCGCGGCAAGCGUCCCGGUCGGAGUCGAUCUACACGCUGCGGCGAGCCGAUCGACCUCCAUGGUGGAAACGAUGGAUCUUCUGCCGCAGUAGCAAAUUCGAAGACCGGGGCUACCGGAUAGUGGUCCCGAAUCACACAGUGCCUCCCAAAACCCCCAAAGCGGACCACCCGAACGGGCGCCUCGUGGGCAACAAAAUUCGGACUACCAAGUAUACGCUCCUGUCGUUCGUUCCGAAGAAUCUGCUCGAGCAGUUCCACCGCGUCGCGAAUCUGUACUUUAUCUUCAUCGUGCUGCUCAACUGGUUCCCCCAGAUAAACGCGUUCGGCAAGGAAAUCGCCAUGAUCCCGGUCCUGUUUGUGCUGGGUGUGACCGCCAUCAAGGAUCUGUUCGAGGACCGGCGGCGGCGCGCCUCGGACAAGCGGAUUAACAACUCGACCUGCCGCGUGUACAAUGGUGAAUCCGAGCGCUACAAGAAGGUCCUGUGGCAAGAUGUGCGCGUGGGAGACCUGGUCCAUCUGUCCAACAACGAAACCGUCCCGGCGGACAUCCUGCUGCUCAAGUCGAGCGACCCGCACGGCGUGUGCUACAUCGACACGUGCGACCUGGACGGGGAGACGAACCUCAAGCGGCGGCAGGUUAUCCGCGGGUUCGCCGAGAAGCAGCACUCGUUCGUGCAGAGCAAGUUCACGAGCCGGGUCGAGGUGGACGCCCCGUCCACCAAGAUCUACCGCUUUCACGGCGCUGUGAUACAUCCGUCCGGCGAGCGCGUCCCGGUUUCAACGGAGAGUUUGCUGCUGCGCGAAAGUCGACUGAAGAACACGGACUAUGCCGAGGGGAUCGUUGUGUACGCCGGGCACGAAACGAAGGCGAUGCUGAACAACAGUGGACCCCGGUACAAGCGGUCCCAGAUCGAGCAGCAGAUGAAUAUCGAUGUCAUAUGGUGCGUCAUCAUACUCAUCAUCCUGUGCGUGAUCGGUGCGAUUGGGUGCAAGAUGUGGCUGUCCUCGUUCGUGGAUAAGGUCCCCGACGACAAGUACAAUAAGACCUUCCGAAUUCCGUACCUCCCGUUCGAGAUUGAUCCGGACUACGAGGGUCUGCUGGCGUUCUGGACGUUUGUGAUAAUUUUACAGAUUAUGAUUCCACUUUCUUUGUACGUGACGAUUGAGUUGUGCAAGAUCAUGCAGGUGUACCACAUCCACAACAGUUUGGAUUUGUACGAUCCGCAGACGAACAAGCGUACCGAGUGUCGGGCGAUGAACAUUACGGAGGAGUUGGGUCAGGUUAGGUACAUAUUUUCGGACAAAACGGGCACGCUGACGGAGAACCGUAUGAUCUUCCGGCGGUGUACGAUCGUGGGGGUGGACUACAACCAUCCGGAAACGGAGGAGGAGAAAGAACUGACCAAAAUGGGAGGUGUCGUGCCGAACCUUCAGCCAAAUAUUAGCUUAGUAGAGAAUUUAAACCAGACCACCGACGCGGGCAGGUUGACCGGCAGUGCCCAACAGAUCCAGGAGUUUUUCCUGGUGUUGGCGAUCUGCAACACGGUGGUGGUCAGUGCCACACCCCACAAGGACCACAUGAACGCGAGCGGAGUGAUCGAACUGAACGACAGUGACACGAGCGUCACGCUGGUGCGGCCGGUGAUCGCCGAAGGAAUUGCCAACGGCGUUGAUCCGGCGAGCGAUCGGUACGCCCGAUUGACAGAGUCACGAUCGAUCACCCCCUCCCCACCGCCAAAUGCACCCUCGUCACUGCCGUUGAAGCAAACCCAUGUGCCAUCGCUGUCGCCGAUCAGCAGCUCAGCGGAAACGUCACCCAUGUCGGAGAGUCCGCCAAUGAAACUGAAGGCGAUCACGCCAACGGCCCGCGUCAAGUCGCUGGUAGCAAAGCUGCCCAAGGGCCCGUUCAAGGGUAGUAAUAAGAACAAGUUCAACAUGAAUAGCGUUAAGUUCCAAAAGUCCCUGUCGCAGGGAUCGACACCAAGUGAUCGCCGCCCAAUCUUCGAAGCGGAAAGCCCCGACGAGCUGGCGCUGGUCAACGCGGCGUACAGCUACGACUGCUGUCUAAUCAACCGAAGUCCAAACCACGUACUGGUGAACGUCCCGGGUGAUGGCGUGAUCGAGUACGAAGUGCUCAAGAUCCUCCCGUUCGACUCGAACCGCAAGUGCAUGUCGGUGGUGGUCCGCAAAACCGGCACCCAGGACGUCGUCCUCUACACCAAAGGCGCCGACAGUUCCAUUAUGUCUAGUCUAGCACCGUGUGCGCCCAACUCCGAGGAGUACCGACUUCGCGAGCAAACCCAACACCAGCUGAACCUCUACGCCCGGCAAGGCCUCCGCGUCCUGGUCAUGGCCAAACGACACCUCGACGCCACCGACUUCUCCGAGUGGUACAGCAAACACCAGGAGUGCGAACUCAGCAUGGAAAACCGCGAAAAGAAGAUCCGAGAAUCGUUCAGCCUACUCGAACGCAACCUCACCCUGCUCGGAACCACCGGCAUCGAGGACCGCCUCCAAGAGGGAGUCCCCGAAGCGAUCGCCUCCCUCAUCCAGUCCGGCAUCGUGAUAUGGGUCCUGACCGGGGACAAAACCGAAACCGCCAUCAACGUGGCCUACUCGGCGCGUCUCUUCAACCCCCAGAUGGACAUCCUCCGGCUGACGGCGCGAUCGCGCGAUUCCGCCGAAGCGUGCAUCAACUUCUACCUGAACGAGAUCGAGAAGCAGCUGAACGACGUAGACUUUAGCAUCCGGAGUGAUCGCGAGAAGGGCCGCGCGCUGGUCGUCGACGGCAAGACGCUCACGUUCAUCCUCGAUCUGCGGUCGAACCUGACGAAGCCGUUCCUCCAGCUGACCAAGUACUGCUCGUCGGUGCUGUGCUGCCGGGCGACCCCCCUUCAGAAGGCGUUCCUAGUGAAGGUGGUCAAGGAGGAGCUGCGGAUGAGCACGCUGGCGAUCGGGGACGGGGCGAACGACGUGUCGAUGAUUCAGAUGGCGGACGUAGGCGUUGGUAUCUGCGGUCAGGAGGGUAUGCAAGCGGUGAUGGCGUCCGACUUUACGAUCGCCAAGUUUAAGAUUCUGGAGAAGUUGCUGCUGGUGCACGGCCACUGGAACUACGAUCGGUUGGCGCGAAUGAUCAUCUACUUCUUCUACAAAAAUGCCGCCUUCGUAUUCCUGCUGUUCUGGUACCAGCUGUACUGCGGCUUCUCCGGCGCCGUCAUGAUCGACGAGAUCUACCUGAUGAUCUACAACCUCAUCUUUACCGCGCUGCCCCCGCUCGCGAUCGGCGUGUACGACAAGAAGAUAAUCGACGACCUGCUGCUCAACUACCCGCGGCUGUACCGGCACGGUCGCCUCGGCAAGGGCUACAAGCCGCACACCUUCUGGAUCGUGAUGCUGGACGCGCUCUACCAGAGCCUGGUGAUCUUCUUCGUGGCCAAGGCCACCUUCUGGGACUCGGACGUGGACGUGUGGGUGUUCGGGACGACGAUCACGUCGUCCUGUCUGUUCGCGAUGCUGCUGCACUGUGCCAUAGAAGUUAAGUCAUGGACGAUUCUUCACGUGUUAUCGAUCGCAAUUAGUAUAGGUUCGUUCUACGUGUUCGCGUUCGCGUACAACACCGUGUGCGUGAGCUGCUUCGGGCUGCCCUCGAACUACUGGGUGAUCCACAUGAGCAUGAGUACCAUUCAGUAUUACCUUAUAACUGCCUUGACGGCGGUGCUUGCUCUGCUACCUCGCUUCAUCUACCGCGUGCUGGAGAACACUGUCUUUCCGGGCGAGGGCAUCCGCGUGACGUUGCAGUACAAGGAAGAGAAACGAAGAGGUGAGAAUCUGCUCGUGACCUGGUCCCGGUCCACGUCUGCCUCGUCUAUAUUCAGGUACCUAACGACAACAACAACAACAACGACGACGACGACCACGACCAUGACCACGAAUGCGGCCGGAGGCGCAUCCUCCUCCUCCUCCACUAGGAAGAACCUGGGCGGCGGCGGCGGAAGUAGCUCCAAGGGUAGCAACUCGUUGAAAGCCCGCAAGAAGCUGAACGCCGCCGUCGGCAUCCUGGAGCGGAACAAUCCCCAGGAACGGUUCGGGUACUAGAUGGAGUGAGAGAGUGAGGGAGCCUUGCUGCAAGGUCAUGGUUGUGGGUUGCUUGCGCUUCAAGAGUCACCAUCAUCACCAGCCAAGUAUUUGUAAUGCUUGCUCGAGAGAUAAAGCGAGGUCGAGUGACCGAAGCGAAUGCCAAUGAACCGCCGAUUACCGGACUACGCAUAAGACUGUGACAAACGCCAGAUUGCGGACGAAGCCAGCGUGAAACGCGGAGCAGAAGUGGUAGAAAGUGACGGGAUGCAAGACGAUUCAGCUUAGUUGUGUUAAUUUUUAAAUCUUGUUUAUCUUUUCGCCCUCACUUUCGUUUUUGUAGUUGAAAUCUGCUUUUUAAAUAGUCGAUUACCGGGUACGAUGAAAUAUUUAUUUUUUAAACUAACUGCACUUACUCUCAUUUGUGAUCCUGCGAAAGCUCAAUCUGUUAAAAAAAAUCUUUACAUAAAGACCAGCCAUAUCCUAAGGAAUGCAUUCACAUUCACAACAACUAUUAAACAUUUGAUAGCGGCCUUAAAUCCCAAUAGUUGUUCCCCUUUUUGCAUUAUACACAAAACUUAUUGGAAUAAAAAUCAAAUUAAAACAAUCGAGUUUUUGGAAGAGCCUGUAAAUAUUGCCCAACUAUUUGUACAGCUAAAUAGCAACAAAAAAAAAGGUAAAACAAUAAUCAGCUGUUUCCUCUAUUGGGCGGCCUCCGCGUGUAGAAAAUAAAGCAACAAAUGUGACUGUUGAAUUUGCUUGUUAAAAAAUACCCCCCUAAACUAAUCCCACUUAUUCGGGAACGAUAGCAGAAUAUUUCACUGACUUCACACGGAUAAGAAGCUUUGAAAAUGCAUUUCGCAGUACCAUGAUACGCUUAAAAAUAAUAAAAAACUAAACUAGAGAAAAAUAAACGUCCCUCUUCGCUAAGCAAAAACAAAUUUAAAAAAAAACUUGAGAAAAGCAAAUUAGCUAAUAAAUACAACAAAAAGUGGCUGUGACACGACACUGAGACGAAAGGAAAAAAAAGAAGGGGGCGAAAUCUGCUGCCGAUCGGAGAGGGAUUGAGGACGACAAUAAAGACAACGCGAAUCAGAAUUGGAAAUUUUGCGCUAAAAGUAAGACUAACCGCGAGUAGCUUAUCCUUCAAUCAACAAAUAAUUACGAAAGUGUAGUAUUUUUGGCGCGGCUCUCCCCUAGGGACCACCAUUGUUCUUUAAGUUGACUUGCAAACAGCGCGCUGACGACAAUUGUUAGUUUUUUAAAUUACAAAGCAAAUAGCAAAGUCCGAUAAGUUUACGCUGCAAAGUUAUACGCCUAAGGGUAGGUCAAAGUGAAAAGGAGCCUAAUACCAAUAUCUAAGUGAAGUUAAACACAACAAUAACAAAAAAAAUCGUAAGCUGUACAUAACAAGAUACAUAAUGUGAAACGAAAACGGUAGCAAACGUAAAUCAAAACUGUUAUGUAAGUAUUAUAUUUUAUUCGUAUAACGUAACGCGCCGAGAUUGAGAGGAGUUUUUAUAAAGAAAAGUGUAAACAAUUA